AUGGCGUACUACCAGCAACAACAACAGCACUCCGAUCCCGCCUACUUCACUGAGGGCCACGAAGAACCCCAACGGCCACGGAUGGGAACCCGGGAUGCUGCCAAGAUGAUUGCGAGGCAAAGGCAGGAGAUUAUCGCCAGCGAGCUUUCCCGCAUAGCCGGAGACGAGUACUUAGAGGAUAUCAUGAAGCACAUGAGGCACAUGGAGGAUGAGACGAUGCCUGACGCAAACCUCAUCGACAUGCAGCGUGAGAUUCAGUGGUACAUGAGACCAUACCUCAUCGACUUCCUCAUCGAAGCCCAUGCCGCCUUCGCCCUCCUCCCCGAGACUCUCUUCCUCACAGUCAACUUGCUGGACCGGUAUUGCUCAAAGCGUGUCGUCUACAAGCAGCACUACCAACUCGUUGGUUGUGCCGCCCUGUUGAUUGCUGCCAAGUACGGAGACAAGAAGGAUCGUGUGCCCCAGAUCCACGAGCUCAACAACAUGUGCUGCGGUCUGUACGACGCCGGCAUGUUCACCCAGAUGGAGAUGCACGUCCUCAACACCCUCGAGUGGACCAUCGGCCACCCUACCGUCGAUUUCUUCACCCAGCUCAUCGUCGCCGAGGAGCACGACAAGAUUGAGGUCGAGCACAUGGCUGCUUACAUCUGCGAGAUCGCCCUGUACCACCGUGACUUCGUUUCCACCAAGCCUUCCAUCAUGGCCCGUGCCUCUCUGGCUCUGGCCAGAGCGAUCCUUGGCGAGCCCGAGGUCAACGACGGAGAGUGGGACCACGUCGAGAACGUCACCCUCCUGACACUGUCUCAGCACCUCCACAGCCCCUCGGUUGCCCUGGCAAGAAAGUACUCGUCACCGCACCUGUCCGGCGUCUCCAAGAAGCUUGCGUCUUUUAUGGCUCACCAGGCCAACAUCGCCCGCGCCCAGUCCGGUCCUCCGAGUCCGCCUUCUGAGUCAACAAAACAAGCCAACAUCUACAGUACCCCGCACAAAGGCCAUGGAGCCGUCCAAGGAAUCGUCGACGGCUACAUGACCCCACCAAUCACCCCUGAUGGUGCUGCCUACGGUACAGUCUCCAAGGACGCUUACCCGUUGCCUCCGAGAUGUCCGGUAACCCCCACCCCUCAGCCGAACACGGCGGCGUUUGCGCAGCAACAACAAGUUCAGCAGCAAUACGCCCCGUUUGUUCAAAACACAAUAGGUCACAACAUGGCCUAG